UGCAGUAACGCCGUUAAUACUUAAUACCAACCGCACGCUUCUCACUUCCAGUAACGAAGCCUGAUGAGAGAAAGCCUCGAGGAAGCUAGCUAGGAACGGACGAAAUUUCUCUCUCUAUAUCUCUUUCAGUUGUUUUUCCCAAUUUUAAUUUAUAUUAUAUAUUGUUGUUAUUGUUGGUUGAUUGUAGAAGAAGAUGGUGUGUGUGAAAAUCUAGGCUCUAUUCUGGAUUUUCGUCAACUUACUAGGGUUUGUUAAUCCGAUAUUUUGGGCAUCUUGAAAAAUUUAUAUUGGUAAUUUGUCACCGAGAUGAUGGUUGGUAGGUUCGAGUUGUUUCAUCGGUGGAGAUAAGCCCUAGCUUGGUGUUGCUCUUGUGCUUCAUCUUGGGUUGGAUCGGCGAGAAUGUGGGGAAAAUUCUACUGGCGGAAGAAAGGAGGGAAGAAAGCAGAGGGGAUCGUGGUGCUCUUUGCUUGGCUCUCGAGCCAGGAGAGGCAUCUGAGGCCAUAUGUGGAUCUCUACUGGUCUCUCGGAUGGGACUGCCUCAUAUGCCAUGUCGAUUUCCUGACUCAGUUUUUCCCUGAGAAGGCGACAGAACUAGCCUGUGGUGUUCUUGAUGAGCUGAUUAAGGAAUUAAAAAUUAGAUCAUUGCCUAUUGUACUUGCUGCUUUUUCUGCUGGAUCAAAAGGCUAUUUUUUCAAGGUUCUCCAGUUUGUCGGAGGAAAAAGUUUGGGACCACAUACUCAGGAUGAUUAUAUGUUGCUGAGAGAGUGCAUCUCCGGGCAAAUUUAUGACUCAAGUCCUGUCAAUUUCAAUGAUGAUCUGAACGUUCAGUUUGUGCUUCAUCCAUCAUUUCUUAAAAUGAACUAUCCUCCAAGAAUGGUUUCAUGGAUGGCAAAAGCUUUUGCAUCUGGUUUGGAUGGUCUCUUUCUCAACAGUUUUGAAGCACAGCGUGCUGAAUAUUGGCAGGCUUUGUAUUCCUCAGCUAGCAUGGGUCCUUUCCUCAUACUUUGUUCUGAAGAUGAUAAAUUGGCUCCCUGCCAAACUGUGUGUAGUUUUGCUCAACGUUUACAAGAACUAGGUGCAGAUGUCAGCUUUAUCAAGUGGGGCAGUUCUUCUCAUGUAGCUCAUUAUAGGCACCAUCAAGGCGAGUAUAAGGCUGCUGUAAAUGAGUUUCUUGCCAAGGUAUCUCUCAACUUUUCGACAAAGCAGCUCAAUAGAGCUGCCCAUAGCAAGAUACCCGAAUCAGUCUGCGAUCUCCAUGGUGCAGCACUUAGUUCAAAUGAAAGCUUAAUGAGAGUAGCCGUUGAGCCCAGUGAUCACUUCUUCUUGCCUAGAUCAAACGAGUUCAGUGAUACCAGACCUGCCAUUGAUGAACAAAAGGGUGAGUUGUUUCAGCUCCCAAGUAUAAAACCCCAUGGAGUCCUCAGCCAGAUCCUCUUUGAUGUCUGUGUCCCUAAGAACAUUGAAGGCUGGGACAUUAAGCCAAUGUCAUCCUUGAAUAGUAGUCAUGAUUGUCGACAUGGCCCUUUUAAUCCAAUCAAAUACAUCAGACGGUCCAGGCUGUAGAACCUUUCAGAUAAUGGGAAAAUUAUUAGGUGCGGAGAUUGGACGUAGAGAUAUAUCCGGACAUCCACUUAAAAUUUAACGCGUUGAGUGCACUUUGGUUGCACUUUUUUGUGCGCUUUACCUGCACUUUACAUGCGCUUUGGCUGUGCUUUUGAUGCUCUUGGCUUUAAAGUUCAGCGGACACAUUAAAUAUAUAAAGUAAAAAAUAAAUUCAAUUGAAUAUCCAUAUGUUCAUUUCAUGUGUCAAUAUUUUAUUGGAGUUCAGACGUAUCUCUAUGUUCGGCGUCCGCACCUAAUAAUUUCUCAAGAUAAGGAGGAACUCUUUAUGUAAAUAUGAGUAGUUCAGCAUCCCUUGCGCUUCUAACUUGUGUCAUUUGUCUUCAUGAAUGAAGCAUGUAUAAAUGAGUUGAUUUAUACUCGCAGUGUUUCAAGCAUAACAGGCAAUGGUCUGAUCCAAUGUAUAUUAAUUUCCAUUAAAUAAAAUUAUUAUCUAAAUCUAAA